GUUGGAGUAUGCCUCAGCCAGCCCUCUGACACCACUCUUGAAAUCCUUUGUUACGCAUGGCUACGUAAUGUCCACUGGCCACUACGCGGCGCUACCUGACAUUCAUGCCUGUUUACGUUUUAUGUUAAAGAGGUUAAUCGGUUUCUGAACUUUCUUGGGUGUUGAAUGUGAAUUGAAGUGCGUAAAAAGUGAAGUAAAUAGUGUGAUUUUCUACAAUGCCACGGUGUAUAGCUCCAGGAUGUACCUCUGGGUACGAUUCUAAUAAAGAAAAGGUGCAUUUCUUCUAUGUUCCGAAAGAUGAAAAUAUGAUAAAACUAUGGCAGUCAGCUUUAAAACGAAAAGACUUUAUUGUAAAAGCUAAACAACCAGUUUGUGAAAAACAUUUUUUACAUACAGACAUAUUAUGGAACCGUACUAUUUGUGAUGAUAAAGGACAUAUUCUCGGUGUGUCUGCACAAUUCAAAGUCCCACGUUUAUGUAAAGGUGCAAUUCCAAGUAUAUUUCCUUGGACAGAAGAAACAGAAAAAACGCAAAUUAAUAUUCAGAAAGAAAAUAAAUCUAAAAUUGAAGAUGUUUUAAAUACUGAAGUAUCAAAUAUCGAUGGAUAUAAUGGAGAAAACAAAAAUCUAACAUCACUAUCAUUUAAUGAUAUAAUCAAUAUAGUGGAUAAUAAACAUUUACAUAUACCGCCACAAUGGACAUACACGACAUCUACGACAUACAUGAAACACUUUAAUAAGAACAUAAAAUUAUUGAUAUUUUAUUUACCAAUGGUUAGUACAAUCAAGAAUUAUGAAGAUAAUUGCAAUAUCUAUCUGCAAAAAGAAGUUAUACUCAAAGAAAAUAUGCUGUUAGAAAUAAACAUCUUAAAACAGCCUAUUAUUAUAGAUAUUCCAUUUGAUGUACAAAUACAUAACAUUAUUGAAAGUGUGGAACAAUUGAAAGAAACAUUAUUUUCGGUGAACAAUCUUAACGUAUGCUUGGGUGCUGUUAAUGUAACUAAUGAAAUUGAAGAAAUAGGAUAUGAUCUGGCUUACAAAGACAUCUCUGGCACGUGGAGACACAAGAAAUGUACAUUAAUUAUAUCACAUUUAUUAAAGAUAUGUAAGUUUUGUUCUAAUAUAAAAAAUUCGUUAAGACGAAAGCACUAUCGAACAAAAAUCAAGUCACUUAAAAGAAUUAGAUUGUCAGCGACUACUACACAAAAUGAAAAGAAAUUGUUAUUGUUACGGAAGAAAUUUUACAAGGCAGAAAAAGCGAAGAAAAGAAACAAAUAUGUAGCAGGCAAGUUGAAAAAAGAGCUUAUAAAUUGUAUGAUGAAAGUUGGAGAAACAUCUGCGAAAACCAUAGAAGAUCAAUUAAAGAAUAAAGAAAUUCCUAACAACCAACUUAUUGUAAUACGUGAAAUAAUACAAGCCACAAAAUAUUCAAAUCCAACAGGUCGCAAAUAUAAUGAGGAGUGGAUUUUAUUAUGCAUGUUAAUGCGUAUGAAGUCACCUACUACAUAUAAUUUUUUGCGAGAUAAUCAAAUAUUACCUCUUCCAUGCGUGAGAACUAUACAAAGGUACCUUUCUCUAAUAGAUACUCCGUGUGGUUUUGACAACAAAUUUUUUGAAAUGUUCAAAUUGGUAUUGGAAAAAAAAGAAGAUAAGCAAAAACAUGGUGUAAUAUUGCUCGAUGAGAUACACCUCAGGGAGAGUAUUUAUGUUAAUUCGAGAAAACUUACAUACACUGGAUUAAUUGAUUUUGGCAUUGAUGGACCACAACCAUCAAAUCUUGAUGAAAAAGCUAAUUAUGGAUUAGUAAUAAUGUUUCACUCAAUAGCGGAUUUUUACUCUCAACCGAUCGCAGUAUUUGCCUCUAGAGGACCAGUAACAGGAGAAAUGAUUGCACAGCUUGUAAUUAAAGCUAUUUCAUUAUUAGAAAAUAUUGGUGCCAAGAUCCAUGGAGUGAUUACAGAUGGUGCAGCCACCAAUAGAAAGUUUUGGACUGCAGUAGGCGUAUGCGGUAAAAAAGAUAACUUAAAAAAUAGUUUUGAUCAUCCAACAGUUAAUGGACGUUAUGUAUAUGUUUUCUCCGAUACGCCACACUUAAUUAAGACGAUAAGAAAUCGUUUAUAUAAAACACCAUUACAGCUCAGUCCGGAGGAAAAAUUAAUAAAAUGGGAUUAUUUCCGAAUCUUACAUAAUAAAGACAGAACAUUACCUGCUGAAAUGCGGGUAUGUCCAAGAAUAACAACCAAUCAUCUAGAACUCAGUAACGUUGCUAAAAUGAGAGUGUUACUAGCAGUUCAAGUUUUCAGUAAAUCGAUGGCCUAUGGACUAAGGUUUUAUAAAAAUUUUUUACUUGAACUACAAGAUUGUGAUUGUACAGCUAAUUCUUGUGAUUGGAUCAACGAUCUCUUUGACGCUUUAAAUCAAAACAAAGGUUUGAAGAUUGAAGAUAAAUACUACAAAGUUAAUUCAACUUUAAAAAAUUAUUAAUUACGUUAUUUAUUUGAUUUAUGUUUAAAAAAUAUGAUAAUAUUAAAUACAAUAUUUUUAUUAGACUAUAGAAGAAUCUUUUAAAAAAUUGGAUAAUUGGGAACAAUACGACCACAGUGGUAAUAAUUUUUUAACAAAACAGACUGCAGAAAGACUCCGUGUAACUAUGAAGUCAACGCUUGACUUAGUGCAGUAUUUGACUCUAAAUGCUGGUUUUGAUUAUGUUCCGACGGGACGUUUGAAUCAGGACUCACUUGAGGUUGACUAACAUUGUACCCAGUAAACAUUACAAUUUUUUGAUAAACGUGUGGAAAUAAUCUAUAUUUAUUUUUGACAUAAUAGCAUAACAUCUUUUUCGUGUACUUGUAGCAUAAAAAUUUAUAACUUUAAUAUUUUAAGUCUUUUAUUUACAAUAUUUAUACACGGUGUACACGGUUUUCUUUAGCUGGUCUACAACCUUGCUUUAAAGGAUAUUUAAGCUCUAAACAGUAAGAAAUUGACCAAUCACAAUAAAAUAUGAAGAGAAUACUCGACUGUAAUUGGUCAAUUUCUUACAGCUUAGAGCUUAAAUACCCUUUAAAGCAAGGUUGUAGACCAGCACUUACACUAUGUUUUAUAUCCAUUUUUUUCUGUAUCUAAUAUAUAUUUAGAGAUUCUUUGGAACCGUGAGAUAUACGGCAGGAUCGAAUGAUCAUCCAGGGACACCUACUUUCCUUCAAAUUUAUAAAAUUUUAAGUACUUUUAGUAUAAUCAAACCACCUAAAUAUGGAAAUUGCAGACUUGUGAAUACAAAAUGUAAACCUCCAAUUUCAAUGUCAGAGAUAAAAAAUUUAUAUCGUGAUUCUCGUCAAGAAGUAUCAUCUAUAGUAAAACUAAAAGAAAAAUUAGACAAUGUUAUUAAUAAUAACGAAUUUUAUCAGAAUUUAGACCAGUUUAUGGAUAAUGAUUACAGUGAUUACAGUCAACCAGAGAUCAUUGACUGCGUUAUUUAUUACGUAACUGGGUAUUUAUCAAAUCACAUACUAAAAUCAAUAGAUUGUGACAUAUGCAAGAACGCAUUCACUAGUUCUGUUACAAAUUGUCCUUUACCAGCAGCUCUACUAGUUAAUAUGGAAGAUAUGAAAGAAGGACGGAUAAUGCAUCCUAAUUUAAAAUUAUAUAAUUUUAUCAAAUAUUUAGAAAAUUUAUUUGCAAAAUACUGUCAUCGGUCUGAUGUAUUUGAAUUAAUAAUUGAAGACAUUUAUACACCCGCCUUGUCAUUUCCUUGUAAAAAUCAUGGUGAUCAAGUACUAGCGCAAAUUAUUGAAUUUUAUAUAGCUUUGCGUAUGCGACAGUAUGCAAGUAAAAUAAAUAACGAAAACAAAAAAGUAAAUCAACGAAUUAAAAAAAAUGCAAAAUUUUAUCCAACUUGAAUAAAGAAAAUGUAUUAUUUAUAA